CUGCCGAGCGUCAGUCCGAGGAUCACUUUCAGACGGUACGGCUGCUCGACUCGUCUCUGUCUCUCUUUCUCUCUCUCUGCCACCUAUUUUUUUUUCGCCUCGAGUCUUGUUUUUUUUUUUGUUGCUCCUACGUAUACUCGCGACUAGACACGGCGUCCUCCGACUUUGCUUCCGAGUCGAGCUGUUUUUUUUUUUUUUUUAAUUUAAAUUUUUUACCAACGCGACAAAAAAGUAUCGAGUGUGUUUUAACGAUUCGACGAGCCGAAAGUUCGACGGCUCGAGCUUCGAUCCGAGCUGGAUGAAGGAAAAAAAACAACACAAACAAAGCAACGGAGCAUUGUCGAUCGUAUAAGCUGUGAAUCACGAGUCACUGAUCCGCGAUUCAUUAAAACCCAAUCAAAGUGUGUAUGUUUUACCGAAGGAUAAGGAGAAAAAGCAACGAGCCAUUGUAAGAUGAGAGACUGUGCUCGAUAUAUGUGUAGUACUUUACGAGACCAGUGAAUACAAACACGCGAGCUCGUAUGCGCCCAUUAGAGUGAAAACAAGUGAGUGAUACCAUUAUAGACACGAGAGACGCCGAGUGCCAUAGAUUUCGCUUCCUCGUAUGUUUGUACUAGAGUAAUUUUUCUAUCGAUAAAACAAAAUGCCAACCAAGGAAGAAGAGAUGCAGCGAGAGAACAUCAGGCGGCUCUUCAGUUGGAGCAACGGCAUCAUAAGCGACGGCGCGGAAACAGAUACAGUCGAGCCUGAGACCUACGGGGUAGCGCAGAGAAGGAUGCAGUCCAGCCCCGACGUGGAGGCUCAGGUGCCGACGAGCGUAGUAGCCGCAGCCACUCCGGGCCUCAACAACCAAGCAUGGAACCGACAGCAGGCCGUCUGCGUCAGGCACGCGUUCAAGACUUACGGCAGCAGCAAAAAUCCCAAUCACGUUUUGCAGGAUCUCAACUGUACCGUGGCCAAGGGCUCCAUAUACGGCCUGCUCGGUGCCAGUGGCUGCGGCAAAACGACGCUGCUGUCCUGCCUCGUGGGCAGACGACGGCUGAACUCGGGCGAGAUAUGGGUACUGGGCGGCAAACCAGGCACCAAAGGCUCGGGCGUGCCCGGCAAACGAGUCGGCUACAUGCCCCAGGAGAUCGCCCUCUACGGCGAGUUCACCAUCCGCGAGACCAUGAUGUACUUCGGCUGGAUAUUCGGCAUGACCACCGAUGAGAUCGUCGGCAGGCUCAAGUUUCUGCUGCAGUUCCUCGACCUGCCCUCCCAGAACAGAAUGGUGAAGAACCUCAGCGGUGGUCAGCAGCGACGAGUCUCCUUCGCCGUUGCUCUCAUGCACGAUCCCGAGCUGCUCAUCUUGGACGAGCCCACGGUCGGUGUGGAUCCCCUUCUUCGACAGAGCAUCUGGAAUCAUUUGGUUCAAAUUACCAAAGAUGGCAACAAAACGGUUAUCAUCACGACGCAUUACAUCGAAGAGGCACGACAAGCCCAUACGAUCGGCUUGAUGCGAAGUGGUCGAUUACUGGCGGAGGAGUCGCCCCAGGCCUUACUACAAAUCUACAAUUGCCCAACCUUAGAAGACGUAUUUCUGAAGCUAUCGAGAAAACAGGGAGCUUACCCUCAGCCAGCGGCGGAGCUCAAUAUAUCGAACAACAUCAGUCUGAAAACAAAAAUGUUUCUUGUUUCCGGACCGAAGGCCUCGUUGAAUUGGGGCAAAAAAGACGAGCCCGUUUACGUGACCGAGGAGUCGGGUGUCGUUGGUCUUAACUUCCAUCAGAGCAAGGAGGUUUUGAUACACGACACGACCAAUGGGGUAGGCAGUCAUUAUGACCUCAAUGGAAAACCCUUGCCUGGAGCUAAAGAGCAGACCGUGGAGUGCGACAGCUGCGACUUUGCCGAUUGUUACAGUAUUACGACCAAGGGCAAGAUCAAAGCUUUGCUGCAGAAGAACUUUUUGCGCAUGUGGAGAAACGUCGGGGUGAUGUUGUUUAUAUUCGCGCUGCCUGUGAUGCAGGUGAAUCUCUUCUGUUUGGCCAUUGGUCGAGACCCGACGGACCUCAAAAUAGCCGUUGUCAAUGACGAAAUGAUCUGGGAAACGAAGGAUUGCAACUGGACGCAGCCGCAGAACACUUCCAGCGGCGAAUGUUCGUUCGAAAAUCUAAGCUGUCAGUAUCUAAAGCAUCUGGAUAAUUCGACGUUAAUAAAGGAGUAUUAUCGGGACACCGAGUCGGCCAUCGACGCUGUGCGGAGAGGCAAAGCUUGGGGAGCUUUAUACUUCUACGGCAACUUCAGUCAAGAAUUACUCGCGAGAAUGGCCCUGGGCAAGAACGUCGACGACGAUGUCUUCGAGUACAGCGAGGUUCACGUCUGGCUUGACAUGUCCAAUCAACAAAUUGGCUUGAUGCUCGCCCGGAAUCUGCAGUUCUCCUACAGGGACUUUGCCAAGAACCUGUUGACCUCGUGCGGUGAAAAUCCCAAGCUCGCCGACGUGCCGAUGCAGUUCAACGAUCCGAUUUACGGAUCGAACGAGCCGAGCUUCACGGAUUUCGUGGCUCCUGGUGUCAUUCUCACGAUCGUGUUUUUCUUGGCGGUGGCGCUGACGUCCUCGGCUUUGAUUAUCGAGCGAAUGGAGGGCCUGCUGGAUCGAAGCUGGGUAGCCGGUGUUUCGCCCGGCGAGAUCCUCUUCUCGCACGUGGUCACGCAAUUCGUCGUCAUGUGCGGCCAGACCGCCCUGGUGCUCAUCUUCAUGAUCUGGGUCUUCGGAGUCGAGUGCAAAGGAGAACUUGGCUGGGUCAUUGUGCUGACCAUACUCCAAGGACUUUGCGGCAUGUGUUUCGGCUUCGUUAUUUCGGCAAUUUGCGAACUCGAGCGAAACGCCAUCCAAUUGGCCCUCGGCAGCUUUUACCCGACUCUUUUGCUCAGCGGUGUCAUCUGGCCUGUGGAGGGUAUGCCCGUUUUCCUACGAUACAUCUCCGAUUGUCUGCCUUUGACCAUGGCGACUACGGCUCUGCGUUCGAUGCUCACUCGCGGCUGGAGCAUAACCGAGCCCGACGUUUACAAAGGUUACAUCUCGACCAUAUCGUGGAUCGUCAUUUUCUUGACGAUAAGUCUGCUGGUACUCAAGUUCAAACGAGGAUAGAGAGAUAAAUCGAGAGGAUCCAUAGAUAAAGUAGGAUUCGCACGAGGGACGGAGAGAUAUAGAGAGAGAGAAGGAGGAAAGGAACGAACGUAGGAGAAAUUAUAAAUAAUUACCUGUGUAUGUAGGCAAGGCAGAGUUGUACACACGGAAGAAAAUAUUGACGGGCCCGUGCCGCUACGAAGACGUGUGUGCCUGUCCGUGUGUUUGUGCGAGUCAAUGUGCGUGUGCGUGCGCGUGUGAAUGUGUUUUUGUAUGUACAAUAAUUAAAAGGCACGGAGUCGAUCGGUGCAAUGAUCGGCACACAUAUGUAAUAUGCAAGUUGCUCAACAUCGCAUAUUUGUAACAUGUAUAUGUUAAAUCAUGACGGCCACGAUGCCACACUUAUACUUCAUUUUUUCUGUUGUUUUCUGUUAUAAGUAUGUGUAUACGGGGACGCGUGAUACGCUCCGAGGCAUGAUGCAUAUAUAUUUACGAUAUACGCCAAGACCUAUUUUUUAAUUGUACUUUACAUGUUAUUUGAAAAAUCUAAUUUUUUCGUACUGUUAAAUAUUUUCCAUUAUCUUGAUUAAAUGAUAAUGCAAUCGAUGAGAGGAGGAAAAAUGAUGGGUCAUGAAUUGCUUGUUUUUCGUGCACUCGAGGAAAAAUUAAUCAUUUUAGUUAAUAAUUUUAUAAAUAUGAAUGAAUUUUUAGGACGAUUUAUAAGUUAUACAAAAUAUAUACAUAUGUAAUAAACAAAAAAACAAAUGGGGGAAAACUUGCAAAAUGUGUAUAGGAAAAAUAACGUCAUUUUUUGUUACAAGGAAAUCACGUAAAUAAGUUUUAUAUGUUUAUAAUGCGAUUUAGGUGAAUGUGUGAGAAUUUAUAAGAAAUUCACGAAUUAAUAUUAUUAAUUAAACGAAAAAAGUCAGUUGUCGAUUCUACUUGCCCAUGACUUAGAGGGUAGGUUUUAAUAUUUAACUCGUAAUAAAUAACAAACCUAAAAAAAUCUA